UGGACGAUUCUUUCACCGAAGGGGAAAAAUUGUUCCUGGAAAAAUCGGCGUGACUGUCCUGCGACAAUUGAACGAGCGCUGAACAGUCUCCUGAGAUAUUUGUGAAUUAAUUUUCAACUGUAAUUUUCAUUCUUCAGCGGUUCAUCGUCAUUUUGCGGAAAUUGUUUCGACGUUUGGUUCGUUUCGAUUGGCCGUAAUCUCUGGGAUCCAGUCUAAACAUGUUUGCUGGUGGCCAAUAGCAGCCGAGGGAAUUCAAAACUCCGUAACCGUUCCCCCGAGAAACCGUCAAGUCCUCGCGAUCAGUGCGAGACGUUUUAUUUUGCGAGGGAGAAUGUGCGUCCUCGGGUUUGUGUCGCCUUUCGUCCGAAUUUUCAUUGAAUUUUGAUUAUUUUUGGGUGACAGACAGCUGUGAUGAUGAGUGAAACAAUUGGCGAUGUCUCGAGGAAUGAGCGACUGUUGGAUUCCAUUCGUCCUUCUGAAGGCGCAGUCCUUCGAAAUGAAAUGUCAUAUCUCUAUGGAAGAGACCCCAGUAUCCUGGCAUACAGCCAGCGUCCAGGGCCAUCAGCCCAGUGUAAGAAGAAUCUCUCCUCCGACUACGAGAUCGAGGAGUCAAUGUGCCCUGAGGGUGCCUCCCUGGGGUCUGAGUCCCUGUCCUCGCAGACUGUCAAAGUCUAUCUACGCCUCAAGCCCUUCCCAAGGAAGAUCAAGCUGUCAGAUGAGCAGGAAGCUGCUUAUGAGAUCAUAAAUUGCACUACUCUGCUCACAAGAAUUCCAUGCCUCGACAGCACAACGAUUUCACUGAAGAAAAAUUGUCAGGUGGACACUGUUUGCAGAAAAUUCACGUUCACAGAGACCUUUGGCCCUGGGACUUCGCAGUUGACGUUGUUCGAAAGGGUCAUCCAGCCACAGAUGGUGGAAUUCUUUGGGGGACAGAAUUGCAUUGCUAUGACCUAUGGUACGACAAACUCAGGCAAAUCCCACACCCUCCAGGGAUCGACCUCCUGCCCAGGAAUAAUCCCCAGAAGCCUCGAGUACGUCUUCUCCAACAUAAACCCAAAGACAUCCCCCUGUUACAAGCCACUCCACAACUGCGACGUGAUAAGUCUCAGUGCGAGUGAGCGUUUGGCAGAGAUCGACGCAAAAACCAAGAUAUUGUCCUCGAUAAUCGGCGAGAAGCACCAGUACAUAAACGCCUACAAACAAAUGCAGAAGCUCCUGGAGGAGGAGUCCCCCCAGCGACCGAGUGAGGCGUCAGAUGCCCAGUACCUGGUCUGGGUCUCCUUCGCCGAGAUCUACAACGAAGUUAUUUACGAUCUGCUGUCCAACGAGGCCCAGAGACGGAGAACGCCCCUCAAACUAGCCACUGACAACCACGGGAGGGCCUUCAUCAAGGGGCUCAAGACAGUCUGCGUUAAUUCAGGGUCUGAGGCUUAUCAAGUACUUAUGGCUGGCCAGUGCAAUCUCAAAGUCGCUGCCACAGCUCUCAAUGCCAGGAGCUCAAGAUCUCACUGCAUUUUCACAAUUACAUUGCUCCAAUUUUACGGUGAAAAUAAACCUGAGUCUGUGGAAAUUAGCAGGUUCUCCUUCUGCGACCUGGCGGGCUCGGAGCGCCUGAAGAAGACGCUGAACGUGGGGGACCGCCUCCGGGAGGCCCAGAACAUCAACACCAGCCUCCUAGUGCUGGGUCGCUGCCUGAAGUCCAUCUACGAGGGUCAACUGGUGAAGCAGCGUCACGAGCACAUCGGCCCCUUCCGCGAAUCCAAGCUGACGCGCCUCUUCCAGCAGGCCCUGUCAGGCAAAGAGCCCCUGGCCCUGAUCGUCAACGUGAACCCCCUCCCCAACCUCUACGAGGAGACCCAGAACGUCCUGAACUUCGCAGCAAUAGCGAAGAAGAUAAUAAUCCAGCCGAAGAAAGAGAAACGCCGAAGAUCCCGCACGAGGUUCUCCCUGGUGGUGGCGCAGAGUGCGAAGACAGCAACAGACUGGGAGGACACAGACCUGGAGAUAAUAACCGAGCAGUCGUCGCUGGAGGCAGAGGAGAGCGAGAGCAACUUCUCCUUCCUCCAAGAGGACUACGACGAACUGCUGGCUGAGAACGAGCGCCUCAAGCACGAGAACGCAGCCCUGAAGGCCUCCAACAUAAAAAGAGACAUUCAAAUCCGCGAGGAGAUGGCCAACUCGUACUCUGAGAUGAUGGACAAGCUGGAGAGGGACUACAAGGCGAAGAUGCAGGACAUGGAGGACCAGCAGGAGGACCUGCUGGAGUGGCAGUUGUCCCGGCUGAGGGCGUACUACGAGAAGAAGCUCGCCUGCAACAAGCGAAAGAGAUCUGACGACGACGACGAGGAGGAGGAGGAUGAGGCGAGCAUCAAAGAGCUGGAGGCACAGGUCUCCAAGCUGUCGUCGGAGGUGACGAGCCUCAAGGGGACGAUAAAGGACCUCCGCAGGGGGAAGGAGAGCCUCGAGGGGGAGAAGAACACCCUGAUAUACGAGUCCAGCCUCCUCAAGGACGAGUUGAAGAGUGUGAAGGCCCUCCUGGCGUCGAUGGAGGCCGACGUGACCAAGGGUGAGGCCAACGUCUUCGUGGUUGAGCUGAAGGAGCAGCUGAGUGCAGCCAGGGAGAAGAUAAAGUACCUGAAGGACAUGCUCAACAACGCCAAGAUCGACCACAUAACCAUCGAGGAGGACUACCGAGCUGAGGAGGGGGCGCUCGCCCAACUGAAGGCCAAGUACGCCGAUCAGACUGAGAGGUGUCAGGACCUCGAGAAGGAGCUGGAGGAUGCCAAUGCCCUGCUGAGGGUGGAGGUCCAGGUGAAGGAGGAACUCGAGAAUCAGCUCGAGAGGGAGAUCCAGUUGAGAGCCCAAGCUGAGAAGCAACUGAAGAUGCUGAAGGGGGAGAUGAACAGCACGAAGACCUUCAUCAAGCAGGAGAUGCUGUCUCCAACGAUGGAGGACUCCAGCGAGGCGUCACAGAGCCGAGAGGUCUUCCUGGAGUUCAGGGAUAUUCCGGUGGAGAAUCACGAUCAGUCGGGCGUGGUCGAGGGCCUCAAGAGGGAGAUUCAGCUGCUGGAGGAGGAGAGGAACUCCUUGAGUGAGAAAUUGUCCCAGAGUGUUGGCGAAGUGGACUCUCUGAGGGAAGACUUGAGGUCAGCGAAGGAGAGGCUCGACGAGAUCACUGUGCAAUUGGCGCAGAUGAAGACCUCACGACUGUCGAGUGCCGAAAUCAUAUGUGAUGAUGGUGACACGAAGCAGGAGGGAAAUGCAGAGGUUUCUCCUGGGGUUGAUCAGGUCAUCCAGACGAGCUUCUCAGCACCUGUGAACGAGCACAAGUCCCUGCAGACUACAUUAAAUGGGACUGAGGAGCUGGGGGAAGUUCAGAAGGAGCUUGAAGACCUGAAAAAUCGGUACGAAGCACUCAAAUCCCAGCAUGAGGACCAGGUGUCGAGAAUCCAGGAGUUGACUGACGAAUUGGCCACUGCCAGGGGGAAUUUGGAGGCUCGGGACGAUCAGGAGAGAAAACUCGUCGAGGAGAUCCAGCAGUUGCAGCUUAGGCUGAGUGAAACAUCGAGGGAAAAGGAGGAUCUCUCGAGGCAGGUCGAGCAGCUCCAGAAAGCCCCGGAGGACUUGGAGGCCGAGCUCAGAGAGCACGAGAAGAACCUGGGAUUACUGGAGAUAAAAAUGGAGGACUUGCAGAAGUCCGAGGAGGUGAGGACCGAAGAGUCCAGGAAACUGAAGGAGGAGCUGGCCUCGUGUGAAUCUGAAUACAACGCCCAGAUUUUAGAGCUCAAGGAGAAACUCACGAGCCUCGAGGCCAGGAGUUCAGAGAAUAAUCGAGCCCUGGAGGAGCGUGUGGAGAGGAUCCAGCAGCUGGAGGCCAGGCUCGAGCAGAUGGAGCGCCUGGAGAACGAGAUUUCUGAAGCCAAUGCCCUGGUAUUGAAGUGCCAGUCAGAGAAGACUCAACUGGAGAUUGAAGUCAAGAAGAAUGAAGAGAAAAUUUCCCAGCUGACGUCGCAGCUCGAGCAGUCGACGCUGGCAGGAAGGGACAAGGACGACGAGAUUGUGAGGCUGCAGAAGGAGGUGAAGUCCCACAUCACGAAGAUUGCUGAUGUCAGCGGUGAUGCUGACAAUGAGAAAGCUCACAAGAGGGUCAUACAGGAGUUGAGUGAGACUCGAGAGUCCCUGGAGCGUUACAAAAAGCUGAAUGAAGAGCUGGAGACGAAGGUGAGGAACCUGGUGGAGAGUCGAAACGAAAAUUACGAGCAGACCCAGAAUAUUAUUGCGAGUCUUCAGCAGAAUAUCUUGGAGCAAAAGGCGGAGAUCAAAGACCUGAAGACGACCAAUGCCAGUAUCAUAACGAGUCUGGAUGAGAAAGAAGUGGCGAUGGAGAAUUUCAAGAGGAAUCGAGACGAGAUGAUCGCCAAGUACGAGGUUUUGGUGAAGAAUCUGCAGGAGGACCUCGAGAGGGAGAAGAGGGAGGUCAUGAGGUUCCAGGAGCUGUUCAGCAGGCAGGCACUGACCCCUCGGGAGAAGGAGGACAGCUCCAUGAAGUUCAGGGCUCCCUCGGACGAUCGAACUGCCUUGAAGCAGAGGGAGAACAAGGGCAGGGAUGACAACACCUCUGACGAGGUGUCACCCAAGUCCUCCAGCUCGAGACGACCGCGAAGGGGGAGGAAGGCCGCUGUGCCCGAGACGUCUAAUGAUGAGAACGAUAUCCCGGUGAUUGAACUGUCGGGGUCUGAGUCGAAGAGAACUACCAGGAAAACUGCUGCCGCCACUGCUGCACCUCCCAGCGAGAAACGGCCUGGCAGGAGGAAGAAACUUUUUAAUCCCGAUCAGAGUCUUGUGGAUAUUACUCCUGAGGAGGUAACACCUUCCCCUGCAUCGACUCGUUCAAUGAGAGCCCGAAGGAAGUGAUUCCGCAAUCAAAUUUAUUGUUCCACGAAAUUUGCUUAAUGUUUUUUAUAAUCUGAGAUAGUUUUAAGAAUUGUACGCACCAUCAUUGUAAAGAUAUGUUGUAAAAAGUUUUUCAUUUUUAUAUGUUCAUUGUAACUCGUAAAUUAAUCGAAUAAACCAUCAAGAUUCUAUACCUGA